AUGCUCUACUAUGCUACUUGUGCACUUGGUGUGGUGUGGGUGGUGUGCUGUGUUGUGGCGUGGCAUGGCGUGAGUGUAGUGUACAUAUUGUGGUGGUGUGUGGCAUGUGGUGUGGUGUGGUGUGUGUUGUGGUGUGGUGAGUGGAGUGGUGUGUGUCGGUGGUGUGGUGGUGUGGUGGUGUGGCGUGGUGGUGUAUGUGGUGGUGUGGCAUGGUGGUGUGAUGUGGUGUGUGGUGGUGUGGUGUGUGUGAUGUGGUUGCGUGUGGUGGUGUGGUGUGAUGUGGCGUGGUGUGCUCUGCUGUGGUAUGGUGUAAUGUGGUGCGUAGUGUGGAAUGGUGCAUGGUUGUGUGUGUUGUGGUGUGGUGUGCUCUGUGUGGUUGGUGGUAUGGUGUGUUACAGGUGGUGUGAUCUGGUCUGGUCUGGUCUUGUGAGGUGUAGUGUAUGGUGUGGUGUGGAGUGGUGUGGUCUGUGUAGUCUGUUGUUUGGUAUGAUUGCUUGUGGUGUGGUGUGUGGUGGGGUGUCGCGCUUGGUAUGGUGUGGUGUGGUGUGGUGUCGCUUGGUGAGUGGUUGUGUGUGGUUGUGUGUGGUGUGGUGUAUUUUGGUGUGGUGUGCUGUGUGGUCUGGUGUGGUUUGGUGUGGUCUGGUAUGCAUAAUGUAUGGCCUGAUAUCAUAUGGUAUCACUGUUUAUCUUUAG